AUGGAAUUGGACCGCCUUGCCAGGCGUGGAAUCCUCGUUCAAAAAUACGGGUGUUGGGAUUGCUGGUCUGCCUUGUCACCCUGGCCCUCGUCCAUGGAACCUUCGGAGGCUUUGGAUUCGGAGGCUUUGGACCAUUUGGAGGAGGUGGCUAUGGAGGAUUCUACCGGCCUUACGGCGGAUACUUCGGCGGAUUCGGACCAUACCGACACGGGCACCACCACCACCACCAUUCCCACUUCGGCUACUACCGUUGAAGAACCUCCCCUCUCUCAUCCAUCCAUCACGGCCGAGCAUCUUCUUGUUCCUCCUACGCCCUCCCAGCCACCCCCGCCGUCCGUCGGCCUUUCACAGUCCCGUCCGCAUGCACUCACGGAUCAAAAAGCCUUUCGCUUUCGACACAUGUUGGGAUUGCUGGGGCUGGCAUGUCUGAUGGCUGUGGCCCUGGGCAUAGCAGCCGUGGGUGAGGACCUCGUCGCCGCUGAAUCCGCCCAGCUGGGGUUCGGCCUGGGAGGUUUAUUAGGAGGUUUCGGCGGGGGCUAUGGAGGCCAUGGAGGAUACGGGGGCUAUGGAGGCCAUGGAGGCUAUGGAGGCUAUGGA